ACUAGCAGAACGCCAAAAUGCCUUUGCUUUAUUUACAUUUAGAAUCAAAUCUAUCUGACUUUAGAGAAUCAGGUUGGGUAAUGGUCCUUCAUACACGUGUUGCUAUAUUAAAAUUUUUUGCCCCUUUUUGAAAAAAAAUGUUUUCUAGUUCCCACACUCACUGGGAAAUGGCCAACCAUCUCUGUAACUAAAUAAUGAAUUGUUUAUUCACAAAGUAUAAGGAAUUGGCCUUUUCAUACUAACAUUGUGUGUUGAUGCCAAGUAAAUGUAUGACCAGAAUUGUAGCAGUUAAGUUCUAUCCAGUAAAGAAUACCCAUAGAAUAGUAGACUUGCCACCUUUUGAAGAACCAUAGAUCCCUGUUUAAAGCCCCAUCUCUCUGCAGCAUUUUUACUGUGGAUCUGUGUGUGUGUGUUUAUAUGUAGCCCCACAGGCACUUUUUGCUGUAAUGCCUCUUAAGUGGUUUCUAUUAAUAAAUGUAGUCCUAAGUACAAUAAUUGCUGUUCUGAAUGUGGGUGUGCCUUCUGCUAAAACACAAAAUGCCAACAAUCAAUUUCUCUACCCCAGAGCAGCCUCCGGGUGACACUCGGAGAAAAGCAAAGGAUUUGAGGACCUGAUGACUGUGAAUCUAGCAAGGUACAAACCAACGGGAGAGUAUGUGACUGUACGGAGGAUUAACCUAGAAGCUUGUUCCAAUGAGAUGGUAACAUUCUUGCAGGGCGAGCUGCAUGUCUCCAAACUCUUCAACCAUCCUAAUAUUGUGCCAUAUCGAGCCACUUUUAUUGCAGACAAUGAGCUGUGGGUUGUCACAUCAUUCAUGGCAUAUGGUUCUGCAAAGGAUCUCAUCUGUACACACUUCAUGGAUGGCAUGAAUGAGCUGGCGAUCGCUUACAUUCUGCAGGGGGUCCUGAAGGCCCUCGACUACAUCCACCACAUGGGAUAUGUACACAGGAGUGUCAAAGCCAGCCACAUCCUGAUCUCUGUGGAUGGGAAGGUCUACCUGUCUGGUUUGCGCAGCAACCUCAGCAUGAUAAGCCAUGGGCAGCGGCAGCGAGUGGUCCACGAUUUUCCAAAGUACAGCGUCAAGGUUCUGCCGUGGCUCAGCCCCGAGGUCCUCCAGCAGAAUCUCCAGGGUUAUGAUGCCAAGUCUGACAUCUACAGUGUGGGAAUCACAGCCUGUGAACUGGCCAACGGCCACGUCCCCUUUAAGGAUAUGCCUGCCACCCAGAUGCUGCUAGAGAAACUAAACGGCACAGUGCCCUGCCUGUUGGAUACCAGCACCAUCCCUGCCGAGGAGCUGACCAUGAGCCCUUCGCGCUCAGUGGCCAACUCUGGCCUGAGUGACAGCCUGACCACCAGCACCCCACGGCCCUCCAACGGCGACUCGCCUUCCCACCCCUACCACCGAACCUUCUCCCCCUACUUCCACCACUUUGUGGAGCAGUGCCUUCAGCGCAACCCGGAUGCCAGGCCCAGUGCCAGCACCCUCCUGAACCACUCUUUCUUCAAGCAGAUCAAGCGACGUGCCUCAGAGGCUUUGCCUGAAUUGCUUCGUCCUGUCACCCCCAUCACCAAUUUUGAGAGCAGCCAGUCUCAGGACCAUAGUGGAAUCUUUGGCCUGGUAACAAACCUGGAAGAGCUGGAGGUGGAUGAUUGGGAGUUCUGAGCCUCUGCAAACUGUGCGCAUUCUCCAGCCAGGGACGCAGAGGCCCUUCCUGAGGGCUGGCCACAUUCCCGCCCUCCUGGGCAGAUUGGGUAGAAAGGACAUUCUUCCAGGAAAGUUGGCUGCUGACUGAUUGGGAAAGAAAUCCUGGAGAGACACUUCACUGCUCCAAGCCUUUUGGGACACAAGGAAAUCUCAACAACCAGGGAUCAGGAGGGUCCAAAGCCGACAUUCCCAGUCCUGUGAGCUCAGGUGACCUCCUCCACAGAAGGAAGAGAUGCUGCUCUGGCCCUGGGAGCCGAAUUCCAAGCCCAGGGUUUGACUCCUUAACCCCGAGGACCGCCACCUCUUCCCAGUGCUUGCGACCAGCCUCAUUCUAUUUAACUUUGCUCUCAGAUCCUAUAGGUCAGUGAAAGGGCAAGUAGUAAGCUGCCUGCCUCCCUUCCCCCAGACCUCUCUUUCUCAUAAUUCCAGAGAAGGGAAUUCUUUUUAAGCACAGACUAAGACUGGGACAGUCCAUCCUUAUCCCUCUUCUGGCUUGGGCCCUGACACCUAAGUCUUUCCCACGGUUUAUGUGUGUGCCUCAUUCCUUUCCCACCAGGAAUCUAUCUUAGCGCCUCCUGCCAGCUGCCCUGGUGCUUUCUCCAAGGGCCAUCAGUGUCUUGCCUAGCUUGAGGGCUUAAGUCCUUAUGCUGUGUUAGUUUCAUUGUCAGAACAAAUUAAAAUUUCCGGAGAC